CACAGGGACGCCGUGGCCGCCAUGGCCCCGGGGCGCUUCCGGCGCCGCCUCAGCGACGACCACUCGGACGCUGGGGACCCCCAGGCGGGGUCGGCCGCGCCCGCCGAGCCCAGCAGCGGGAUGGGGACGGCGCCACGCUCCUGGCUGGGCGACGGCACGGGCUCCACGCGCGGCAGGCUGCCCUGGCUGUCGCCGCGGGAGAGGCGGCACCCCCUGCGCGACGUGCGCCUGUCCUGCUUCCGGAGCUACCUCCCGGGAUCCAUCGGAGCCUCCGCGGACGGGGACGUGACCUGCGGGGAGUCGGCCGCCGCGUCGCCCAGGACGCCGCGGACGCCGCGCCUGCACAUGCCGGGCACGCCCCGGGCCGACAAGGAGGACAGGGCCGGCAGCAGGGGGCUGUCGCUGUCCGUGCGCCGCUCGCCCGGCCGCGCCAGGGGCAGCAAGUCCAGCGAGAACGUGUACUUCGUGAGCCCGCCGCGACCGCAGCCCGGCCACGACGCGGCCGCCGACCAGCAGCAGCAGCCGCUGCAGCAGCAGGCCCCGCAGCAGCCGACGCCCAAGGCGAGCGGAGGGCACAACCUGAGCGCGAGGCUGCGAGCGCUGUCGGCGCGGUGCAUGGCGCUCGUGCACUCCAACAAGGCCAGCAUCACGUCGGCCAAGCGGCCCUCCUCGUCGCGGCCCUGCAAGCAGCGCUCCUUCUCCUCCGGCGCGCUGCCCGGGCUGCACGACUUCCAGCGGCGCCAGCUCAACCCGCUGUACCGGGACGAGCCCGAGGUGCACGACGACCAGCGCAGCCACGACGACGAGGUCACACCGCUGUCUCCGAGCCCCUCCAACGGCGCCCUGGACGGCGAAGAGGACUGCGACAGCGGCAUUCUGGUGAGCGAUGCGGCGAGCACGCCGUUGUCUAGCCUCCCGGGGUCCGGCGUUGGAGGUGGCGCCGGGGGUCCUGGGGGCCGCGGGUCGCUGCCGUGGGGCGGCGGGCAAGGGGCGCUGAGCGCCGCGACCGCGGCGGCCCGGGCACUGCGCUCCGCCUCCCUGGACCGCGAGCUCCUAGGUGGGAGCCCCCUUCUCGACCACGACGAGGACCCCGAUGACCUCGUCACAGUCAGCAGUCACGCCCGCCGAAGCCGCGCUUCCACCAAGUCCUCAUCGUCAUCGUCGGAGAUAAGCGAAAUCUUCUCACGCUUCCAGCGGCGACGCGUGGCAAGCACCGUGUCCCCAGCCAGCCCCAGGGUGACCUCCUCCUCAUCUCGUCCGCCAUCUCCGCCUCUGCUGCCCGCGCCCCCACAGCGCGGAGGUGCGAGUCCCGGUGCCGGUCGGGGGACGCCGGGGGCGCCGUCUGGCCGCCGCCGGGAGUUCCACUUGGUGCGCCUGACCCGCGCCGCGCCCACCGAGGAGCUGGGCAUCUUCAUCGCCAAGAGCGAUGCCCCGGACCGCGGUGCCCAGGGCUACGUCGUCGCGCACGUUGUGCCCGGUGGCCUCGCACACAGGGACGGUCAGCUGCGCCUGGGCGACGAGCUGGUCGUGGUGAACGGGCGCCAGCUCCGCGGGCUGAGCAUGGCGGCGGCGCGGCAGCGGCUGCGGGCCGGGCCCACGCAGGUCGACAUCGUCAUCGCCCGCGAGCCCGGGCCCUGCCGGUGCGGGACCGCCGACGGCGCCGAGGGCCGGGACAGCGGGCUGGACACUUCCGGCUCCGGGGACAGCAUGACGGACAGCGGGCCCUGCUGCUCGUGCAAGGCCGUGGACCAGACACCCUCUCCCUCGCGCCGCACGCUCCCCGAGUCCAGCGUGGACUACGAGAACGUCGUGCUGAGGCCACGGGACCGAACACCGGCCUCGGCGACUUCCUUGGCGGAGACGACGUCGUCGUCGUCAUCAUCACCGAAGUCAGAUCAGCAUCAGCAGCCUUCCUCUACGCCGUCGUCGGCCACCUUCGGCGGGUCCGGGGCGCUUGCUCCGGGGCCGGGCGCGAGCGGCAGCCCGGGCCCGAGCCCUAGUCAGAGCCUCAGCACGAGCCCCGUGCCCGGGCGCCAGCAGCUGUUCCAGAAGCACGCCAAGUCCGCCAGGAGAUCGCUGGCGCUGGCCUCCCGCUCCAGCUCACCUCCGCUGGAGAACCACCUCGAGCCGCCGGGCGAGACGCAGCACCACAGCCUGAAGCGGCGCGCCCGACGGCAGGCACGCGGUGCCCACGGCCACGGCCUGCUCGGCGGCGGCGAGGGUGGCGGCGGCUGCGGCGCGCCUCCCUCCACCGAGUUCCGCGUCGAGCUGCGGAAGGGCCCCGGCUGCGGCGCGCUCGGCUUCACCGUGGUGGGCGGCGCCGACUCGCCGCGCGGCGCGCUGCCCAUCUUCGUGCGCUCCGUCCUGGAGGGCGGCCAGGCCGCGCACGACGGCCGCCUACAGCCAGGCGACGAGCUCCUGCUACUCAACGGGCAGCCGCUGCGAGGCUCUACACACGCCGAGGCCGUGGCGAUGUUCCGCGCCGUGCGCGCCGGGCCCGUCGUGCUGACCGUCUGCAGGAGGACGACCAAGAAGGCCCAGUCCUGCUCCGACCUGGUCGUGGGGGCGCAGUCCACGCAGCGAGAAGGGGACAGUUAGCGACGGCGGCCUCCGCUUUUUGUUGUCCCUCUCUCCCUCUUUUUCUUUCUCUGUGUGUCCCUUUUUCUCCCCACCCCUUCGCAACC